UCUCUUCCGCACGCACCCCGGCCUCGCGAAUCCAACGCGACGAGCCGCAGGGCGCAGGCCGAGCACGCCGCCGCCGGCUCCCUCCCUACCGCCACCUGCGCCCCUCUUUUCUCCGCCGGAUCCUCCAACCGCCGUUCCCACCUCGGUGUGGUGCUGGUGCAGCAAGAGUCGAUUGGAGUGGAGAUCCCUCCGGUCAAGAUUGAUUUCGUCCUUUGUUCAUCUCGGCGCACCAGGUGACGGCGCGGGUUUUUGUUAGACUUCCUGCCGCAUGGACAACGUCGAGUCCGCCCCUAACUCCCCGGUGCAGGCGCCGCCGUCCUCCGCCUCGUCUCUCCCUAAGGAGCAAUCGCAGGUGGAGUUGGAGCUGAGGCUUCUCCAGGCUCUCGAGUUCUACCCUCCGUCCAAACUCAAAGGCGUUCAUCGGCACUUUGUUCUCUAUGGCCUCAUGGAAUAUUUGAGAAAAAGCCUUGACCGCCAAUUCUCCGCUGAUGAGGUUUUGCAACUAUUGGAUCGUUUCUUUAACCUAGAAAUGCUGAAACCAGAGGAUGAUGAAAAAGACAACUUCAGUCAAGGGGAAGAAUUUUCCUUGCCGGAGAGCUUUCUCAACAAGGAAGAAUAAUAGCAAGUAGCUCAUAACAUGCUUCACAAUGUCAUCGAAGGUACUUUGAGUGCCCUCUGGAAGAGAAAUCAGGGAGCUGGUUCUUAGUGACUCCCACUUCCUAGUGGUUGUCGUCUAGGCCAUCCGUUUUGGUAGUAGGCAUCGGCACUGAAGGAACACAUUGCUCAGUUGUGCUCGUGUUUACUGACUUGUACAGCUUUUGUUGACUCUUGGAUAUCCAAUCAAUGGAGUUGCGCGGUAGCUUCCCCUAA